GAUGCUGUUUUGAGCUCCCAGAUCGGGUGAAGGAAAUCCACAGCAGAAAGAAGAGUUCUUUGUACUGGAAUUCAUUAGGCAAGCAAAUGCUGUUGGAAUUGGUGAAAUCCACAUAGGAUAUGGUGUAUGCAACUUUGAUGUGAGUGGCAACAGUUUAAGCAUUGUGAAUAGAAAAGGUGUGCAGUCUGUGUUUGAGGUAAGCUGUUUGAGGAAAUAUGGAACAUGACAAGACUGGAUGCCAAGCUCCUCCGGAACGCCCUAUUUUGUGCGUUAACAACUGUGGCUUCUUUGGAAGUGCAGCUACUAUGAAUAUGUGUUCCAAGUGCCACAAGGAUAUGUUGUUGAAAGAGGAGCAGGCAAAGCUUGCUGCUUCUUCUAUUGGAAGUAUUGUGAAUGGUACAUCAGGCAGCAAUGGAAAUGAACCUGUUGUUAUUACUUCAAAUGUGGAUUUGCAACUGAAGUCUGUCGAACCAAAGACCUUUUCUGUGCAGCCAUCCUGUGCUUCAGGAUCAGGGGAGAGUGUUGAGGCAAAGCCAAAGGAAGGUCCGAACAGGUGCAAUUCUUGCAAAAAGAGGGUUGGUCUAACAGGCUUCAAAUGUCGCUGUGGUAACCUUUUCUGCGCAACUCAUCGCUAUUCAGACAAACAUGAGUGCCCCUUCGAUUAUCGUUCUGUUGCACGGGAUGCCAUAGCUCAAGCAAACCCGGUUGUUAAGGCAGAGAAGCAUGAUAAAAUCUGAAAGAUUGAGGGCACGAGUUGUACAUGCUGAAAUACGAUGCUGCAAGACUUACUCCGACUUGGCCUCAUGUCCUAUAUGUUGCGCUUUUCCAUUGUUGUACUGGGAAAAGCAUGACUGUAGGAUAUCUCUGCAUUAUGAAGAACUCUAUAUCUUUUGGUUGGUGAGAAUUUGUGUUGGCUCUCGUGCUUUUAAGGCUUGUUUCUGUGUUGGUUUGGAUUUGUAAUGUGUCAUUUAUAUCAAAUCCCUCUUUUAGUUCGUGUCAAAUGAUAUUUACAAUGGAAGAUACCCAUGUGCGACCUUGUGUUUAGAAUUUGAUUUGUAAAUUAUGAUUGUGGUUUUUAUGGCAAUUUAACUUUGGAUUCUGCA